UUCAUUUGUCUGAAGAUUGGAAAAUGCAGCACUUAGUAAGUUCGCAGCCUCACUGCCAACAGGCAGGAACCUGCCAGGUUGAGAGGGUACAGCCAUCUGGAACAGCAGAGAACAGGGAAGCUUCGGGAAGGGAACACAUUUCAUAAAUCCCCAUGGCUACCGAGAUUGCUGCAAUGGUUAUCAUCCCGCCCAACACCCCUGGAUUCCUGUGGACUGGUACAUGGCUCAGCUGACUGAGUCACCAGCACCUGCUGCUAGGAAGAACCUUGGUGUCCUCACUGCUGAUAAACCCAGGAAGAUGAAAUGGCUGCCUUGGGCUCAUUGCAGGAAGAUCCCAAAGUUAGAGCCGAGGUUUCCUUUUUUCCGUGGGGUUCAGAGAUUUUGCCAUGAAUAGGGUGUGGCUGUUUGACAGAAAGCACCGGAAAGUGUUCUGAUUGUGCGACAGCUCAAGGUUAGUGGUACUUCGCAAAGAAAAUGCGCAGCAUGUAAUCCUAAAGUUGAAUGAGACCUUAUGAGAGCAUUAAUGGUCUGUGUCUCUGCCUUUCAGUGGAAACCAGCCAACUUAUCAUCUUCUGUAUGUGCUUAAUUUUGAUAAGAUUUAUAAACAUACUCUAUUUCAUUUUUAAUCCCAUUCACAUUGUGUUUUAGCUAAUGGUGGAAUGUUUACAAUAGUUAGACAAUUGACCUUUAUGACAUUCCAAAGAACUUUUCAGGUCCAGUGAAUGCAAGAAGUGAAUGAUACACACUGCAUAGAAAACAGUAUGCUUUUUUACAACUACGGGAGUUCUUGUUGGCAUGAUUAGUGAAAUGAAAACAGAUAAAUGUGAUUAUGUAUGCUUAGGACUUGGAAAGCACUUGGAAAGUUCAGCAACGUCCUUGGAUAAAUAGGGAGUUGAAGCCAGUUUCAACUGCAUGAGAAGCUACAGAGAAACAAAUUAUACACAAGUUCAAUCUUUGGUGUGCUGCCAUUUUCAUGUUAAUCUAGAAAGAAUAAGGUGACUGUAUAAUAAAUAUUCCAAACAAAGAUCCUUCAUAGGGAGAUAGGGGUGCUAUUAACAUUUAUGUCGGAACAGUAAGACUACUCUGAGAAAAGGGGAUUAAUGACUACUUGCUGAGAUAGCGAGGGACUAUGAGCAGAGUCAAAUACUGUAUCUAGCUCGAAAUUAAUAAGCAAGGAAGUUUUAAGUCACAGAUAAUUAAAAGGAUCUCAUUAUGAAAACUUUUGAUUUUUUACCUCACCUUAGAAUUAUGGUUUUAAAAAAUGAGACCCCCCCAAACACACACACAACACAAAAUCCUCCAUUCCAACAACUACAAGAUUCAGACAAUUAAAUUCUUAUCUUAAAAGUUUGUGGAACUGUGCACCAUAUAGUCCCACCCACUGUCCUAUUAGAAACUUCCAGUCCCACCCCCCGCCCCCCCCCCCGAACUCAUAACUACCUGCUGUUCCGGCCUCUUCACUCAGAACUUCCGGAACGAUCUUCAACAUUCUGUUUCUGGAAACUUACUUCUUCAUAAGCUCCAUCUUGCUCACCAACCAUGAGUGCCUGGAGCCAUCAGAAUUACACCACUGAGGUAGAGGCCAUGAUCGAUCGCCUGAUCAGCAUGCAUCUGGAGGCCUCAGAUAGGUAUCUCUCUCUGGGAUUCGUUUUCAAAGAUGACUGUUCUGUGGCAGGCCUGGUUCACUUCUUCCGAGAUCUGUCUGAAGAGAAGCGUCAGGCUGCCUAUCUACUCCUGAUGCAAACUCGACAGAGCGACUGCGGCCACUUCUCUAAUGGGCCCACGGUGCCCUCAUAUCAGUGUGAUGGGAGCCUGGAUGCUAUGGAAACUACCUUGGCCUUGGAGAAGAACCUGAACCAAGUCCUUCUGGAUCUGCACGCCCUGGGUUCAUCCAACGCAGACUUCCAACUCUGCCACUUCCUGGAGAAGCACUUCUUAGAGAAGGAGAUGAAUCUCAUCAAGAAGAUUAGCGACUACCUGACCAACCUCCGCCAGCAGGCCAGCGAGGAGGAAAGCCUGAGUGAGUGUCUCCUCAAAAGGCUCACAUUGAACAGCGACUAGGGACACUUGGAGUCCAUGGCCGGUGGCCUUGAGGCGUUGCCUCUGUUUGCUGAUAGCUUCUCGUCCAGCUCAGUACCAUCUGCUAAAGCCACAUGCCAAAUAGAAACAAAGUUUCUUUGCAUAGACAAAAACAGCUAAUUUGGGGUGGGCUGAAGGAUUUGUUGUCUGACAGUCUCUGGCAGUGUUAAGUAAGCCGUUCUUUCCUGAAACCGUGUUUGGUCUGUCCAAAAACCCGUAAUAAUUCAUAAAAAUUGUAUGCAGUCUUAGUGGUGGUGGGAUUUGAACCAAUUCUGGCUGCUGGACUGUGCUCCAGCUACAUUCUAAAAUGUACGGUUGAUUUUUGUCUCAGAAAAAGUGAACUGAUUAUCUGGACUACAUCAUACUGUACCCCUAACCCCCAACGUGCCAUCAGUUACCAUCUAAUUGCUUUUCUUGAUCCCCAAGUUGAUGUGAUGCCAUCUGCUUACUCGAGGGAACCGGAGAAGCAGCAACCCCAUGAAAGUCAUCGUGGUAUCUCUCUAGGUUUGCUGCUGACAAUAUCUACUAUACACUGACCUCUCCACGAAGAUUCUCAAGAUAAACUUUGGAGUGGACUUAUGACUAGAAAUAGUGCUUCCACUUGGUAAUUGGCUUGUUUUUCCUUUAUGGACACGAUCAGUAGAUCGAAGUUCCCUUUUCUGAUUGCCUGCUGAACCUCUUAGGGCUGGCUAACUUUGCAAUCCAGAUAAGAGUAAAUAAGUAAGGCUGCUUAAGCACUACUGUGUGUUACAUCGUUUACUAAUGUGUCUGUGUGUUAUGGAUUCUAUUAUGUCAUUUAAUGUUAAUAUUUCUAGACUGCAACGGAGAACAUGUAGCUGAAUAAACAUUGUCACUGCA